UCAGCCCCCUCUGGUCCCUCUAAGACCCCGGCCCUGAGGCAGGGACUGUCGGGAGUUGUAGUCCCAGGGCGGCGGCCGCGCGCGGCGCCGAGGAUGCGGGACACCGCCUGUCCCCGCCUCCCCUAACCUGCUGAGUCGAGGUGGGGAGCACUGGGGAGGAGCCACAAGAUCACUGAUUGGCCCAGGCCUCUCCCAGCCCCCACCCCAAUCCCCUCCCCCAGCUCGCCACUUCGGACUCCCGCGCCUGGCGCGCCGAGGCGGCCACCGAGCGAGCGCGCUUGCAGCCGCCGCCGCCCCAAGCCCCAGCAGCUCCCGCUCCGCGGAGAGUCGUCGAGACGGACGGACCGAAGGACCUUUCCGGCCGCAGCAUCCCGGAGGAGAACAUGCUUGCCAAUUCAGCCAGCGUGCGGAUUCUCAUCAAGGGAGGCAAAGUGGUGAAUGAUGACUGCACCCACGAGGCUGAUGUCUACAUUGAGAAUGGCAUCAUCCAGCAGGUGGGCCGGGAGCUCAUGAUUCCCGGAGGUGCCAAGGUGAUUGACGCCACUGGGAAACUGGUGAUCCCCGGAGGCAUCGACACCAGCACCCACUUCCACCAGACCUUCAUGAACGCUACCUGCGUGGAUGACUUCUACCAUGGCACCAAGGCGGCACUCGUGGGCGGCACCACCAUGGUCAUGGGCCAUGUCCUGCCUGACAAGGAGACCUCCCUCGUGGAUGCCUAUGAGAGGUGCCGGGCUCUGGCCGACCCCAAGGUCUGCUGCGACUACGCCCUCCACGUGGGGAUCACCUGGUGGGCUCCCAAGGUGAAAGCAGAGAUGGAGACCCUGGUGAGGGAGAAGGGCGUCAACUCAUUCCAGAUGUUCAUGACCUACAAGGACUUGUACAUGCUUCGAGACAGCGAGUUGUAUCAAGUGCUGCAUGCCUGCAGGGACAUUGGGGCCAUUGCCCGGGUCCACGCUGAAAACGGGGAGCUGGUGGCUGAGGGUGCUAAAGAAGCCCUGGAUUUGGGGAUCACAGGCCCGGAAGGAAUCGAAAUCAGCCGUCCAGAGGAGCUGGAAGCGGAAGCCGCCCACCGUGUCAUCACCAUCGCCAACAGGACUCAUUGUCCGAUCUACCUGGUCAACGUGUCCAGCAUCUCGGCUGGUGAUGUUAUCGCAGCUGCUAAGAUGCAAGGUAAGGUUGUGCUGGCCGAGACCACCACUGCCCACGCCACGCUGACGGGCUUGCACUACUACCACCAGGACUGGGCCCACGCCGCCGCCUAUGUCACCGUGCCGCCCCUGAGGCUGGACACCAACACCUCCACCUACCUCAUGAGCCUGCUGGCCAAUGACACUCUCAACAUCGUGGCUUCGGAUCAUCGGCCAUUCACCACGAAGCAGAAAGCCAUGGGCAAGGAGGACUUCACCAAGAUCCCGCACGGAGUGAGUGGUGUGCAGGACCGGAUGAGCGUCGUGUGGGAGAGAGGCGUGGUUGGCGGGAAGAUGGACGAGAACCGCUUUGUGGCUGUUACCAGUUCCAACGCGGCUAAGAUUCUCAACCUGUAUCCUCGCAAGGGCCGCAUUAUCCCAGGUGCCGACGCUGACGUGGUGGUGUGGGACCCCGAAGCCACAAAGACCAUCUCAGCCAGCACCCAGGUUCAGGGCGGAGACUUCAACCUAUAUGAGAACAUGCGCUGCCACGGUGUGCCCCUGGUCACUAUCAGCCGGGGCCGUGUCGUGUACGAGAAUGGUGUGUUCAUGUGUGCCGAGGGCACCGGCAAGUUCUGCCCCCUGAGGUCCUUCCCAGACACUGUCUACAAGAAGCUGGUCCAGAGAGAGAAGACCUUGAAGGUGAAAGGAGUGGACCGCACACCCUACUUGGGGGACGUGGCUGUCGUGGUGCACCCUGGGAAGAAAGAGUCAGGCACGCCGCUGGCGGACACGCCCACGCGGCCUGUCACCCGGCACGGGGGCAUGCGGGACCUGCACGAGUCGAGCUUCAGCCUCUCAGGUUCUCAGAUCGAUGACCACGUUCCAAAGAGAGCCUCGGCCCGGAUCCUCGCGCCCCCCGGCGGCAGGUCAAGCGGCAUUUGGUAAAGGCCCUGGGCGGCUCCCCCCACGUGAGGAUGCACCCUGCCACCUGCCCCGCGCACCUUCCGGCCGGCCGCAGCAGCUACGGGGGAGGGCGAGAGGGAGAAGCGGGGCUGGGCCGCACACCACCUAUGGGGAGGAUGUGGGGGGCCCGGGAGGAAGGGCCUGGGCGCCCUCCCCAUAUCUGAACGUGAUUCACUGUGCUUCGAGCCAACCCUAACAGGCACUUUGAGCUGU